AUGAAGAUUGUUACCACCGCUAGACCCAAACGGAGUCCAAAGAUCAUGAUUUUCUCCAACCUCUCUGUCAUGUCCCUCAUAUUCCAAGGACUUCCUGGGGUGUUCGCGAAGCCCACAUGCACUGACGCAACAUUCAGUUCCAUCAAGUUACACAACGCAGAAAUUCUCUCUAUUAAUGCCAACGUGUCGAGCAUCGAACUUCCAGAGUGGCCAACUAAUGAGUGGCCAAUACCCCCCACAGACCCGAUCACCGUGUGCAAGGUUGUAGUCCAAUACACGCAUCCCGGUUGGAAUGACACCAUUAAUACAUAUGUAUGGCUCCCAGUAUCAGACUGGAAUGGGAGAUUUGUCGGUGUCGGUGGAGGAGGCUGGUCAACUGGAGAUGUUCCCGAUCUUGGACCACCAGCUUCGAAGGGGUAUGCUGCUGUAACGACUGAUGGUGGUCGUCCCAUGACAAACCGACAGGACCUUAGUUGGGCACUCACGAACGCUGGACAUAUUAACUGGCCGCCUUUGCAGAAUUUUGCAGCUGUGGCUGUGGACGAUGCAACGACUUUGGGGAAGGCUGUCACAGAAGCGUACUUUGGUAGACAGCCAAAGUACUCGUAUUGGAAUGGUUGCUCUACUGGUGGAAGACAGGGCCAUAUGAUGGCGCAAAGAUACCCAACUCAGUACAAUGGUGUUCUGGCCGCAGCGUCUGCUUUCAAUUGGGAUAGGUUUAUUGUGUCAGAGUAUUGGCCGCAACUUGUCAUGCACACCCUUGGUUAUUACCCUCCUCCAUGUGAACUUGACGCCAUAACCAAGGCUGCGAUCAAGGCGUGCGACCCCAUUGACGGAGUUGAAGACGGAAUUGUGUCAGACUCGGAUGGCUGUGAUUUUGAUCCCAUGUCGGUAGUGGGAACAACAACUACCUGUGAUAACCCUUCAGGUACCAUCAAAGUCUCAGUGAAAGCAGCCGAGGUCGCCAGUUUGACAUGGCGCGGUCCUCAAACUGAAGAUGGGAAGUUCCUGUGGUAUGGUCUUGAUAAAUCCGCUCCUCUCUCCGGAUUGGCCAAUACGACUUGUACCUCUUUGACAAACUGUACCUCAAGUCCCUUUGCCAUCACCCAAAACUGGUUAACCGCCUUUAUCCAACACAAUCAUUCAGCUGACAUUACCGGAAUGUCGCUCGCAGAGUACAGCAGGCUGUUUCGACAAUCCGUCAACCGUUUCGGUUCAGUAAUGGGCACAGCUGAUGCAGACUUGACCGACUUUAAGAAAGCAGGAGGAAAACUCAUCGCUUGGCACGGGACAGCAGAUGAACUGAUUCCAUACAAGGGAUCUGUGGACUAUUUCAAUCGUGUUCUCAAGGACGAUCCAGACGCGACAGACUAUUAG